AUGACUACUGCUACAACAUCCGAUAAGAGGACCAACAUUACUAAUACAAAACUUUCAGAAGGUGCGGGCGCCAAUAAAGAUCAAAAUUCUGAUGGCCCUGUUAAACGCCAUUUAAGUUUAUUCUCGUUUGGAGAGGACUCAACUACUCCUACUGCUGCUGGUACUUCUGCUGCUGGUGCUGCUGCUGGUUCUAAUAGUAAUAACGACAAGGAUAAUACCAUCAACACCAGCGGAGCUAAAAACGCCUACAACAUAUCUACCUCCCCCUCAGACUCGACUCAACUUAUUUCACCAGUGAACUCUCCUGAAUUCAACCAGUCUAUUCCAUCUUCAGAUAUCUUUGAGAGGUCGACCUUCGAAGGCUCGUUUACUGGUAAUCUGAUCCCCAAGUGUAAUAAAUGCAGAUGUGUUCCUUCCAAGUCGAAACUGUGUGCCCAUAACUCAUCGAUAUCACUUCAAGGAGGACAAUACUUGAAACAGGAGGACUGUAUUCCUGCUGCCCUUGAUGCCACUACUUCUGCAUUAAAUGACAAGGAAACCAACUUGGAUGAAGUCGAAAUGAUAUACUCGACGAGAAGAAAUUCUUCUGUGCUUGGGUUAAAUAUGGCUCUUGGUAGACCAUUUGCUCCUUCAAGGAAAAAUUCCACAUUCUCAGUUAGCAGUUUACUGCAACAGCAACCUCAACAAGUACUACUGCAACUGCAACUGCAACUGGGCAACCCACAACUCAACUCACCACCCAAGUUAGCACAUUCUAGGUCAUCGGUGAGCUUUGUAUCUUAUGCGGAUAUGCUUAGUAAUGAUGAAUUUUCAUCUAGAAGACCAUCAAUCUCUGCUGGCUCACAUUCUCAAAGCGCAGUACCAACAUUACAAUCCUUACAAACUAGUGCUGCUGCUAACUCCACUUUCCCAGCUAGCAAUUCCCCUACUGUUGGACCAUCUUCACCUUCAAAUGGUGGAUCCAACGGUCAAGGUUUACGUUUCAGAUCAACCUCAUCACUUGCAGGUUUGGAAAGGUCCAACUCCAACGCUUCGAGUCAAUUCUCGCAGUUAUCCAAGCAAAUCUUGAAGCAACAGCAAAAGAAGCAACAGCAACAGUCACAACCAUCAGUACCACUUCAACUGUACAUUAACGUCCAACCACCAACGCCACAACAACCACUGAUGUUGAACAAAAAGUUCUUAAUCUCCCCUGAAUCUUCUGAUAAUGAAGAGCUAGCUGACUUCAAUGCCGACUCCAUCAGACGUAACAUGUCUGUUAGUUCCAGCCAUUCAUUUAAGCUGAACAAGUCUAAUUUUUCACAGAAUUUACCAGAUUUUAAUGACGCUGAGAGUUUAGUUUCUACAUCAAUUGGUGACUGCUUAAGAAGGACCCAUACGGAACUUAACAGUUAA